AUGCCGUGCAUGCCCACCACCUCCGAGAUCAUACAGGACGGGUACAGGACCGGCGAACACUCCGACCUCACCAUCCAAUCCUCUGAUGGCCGCCUGUUCAAAGUCCACCAGAUGGUGCUCGAGAAAAAAUGCCCGCACCUCAUGUGGCGCUGUGCCGACUUUGGAAAGGUGCAGAAGCAUAUGUUGCUGAACGAAACUGGAGACGAGAUCAGCAAGUUCCUCGACGAGGUCUACGAGAUGCCCUCCAGGUGGAGAAGCGAGCGGAUGCUUCAGCGCACGACGCAGGAUAUGAACGAUUUUACUGUGGACGAUCGAGCGAGUGUUGAUGUGGCGAUGGCGGACGGUGGUGACUAUGGCAAGGGUAUUGCUGAGGACAAGACGGUGGAAGACGGCGAAAAGUCUACUGACCCUUUCGACGAGAUGGGAAAGGGGUUUACGCAGGAGGCGCUGGCCCGCUGGUACAGCAGGCCCAGGGAACGUACGAAGAAGUGGAAGGGUGUGCUUUCAAAAAGCUGA